AUGUCUGAUUCUGAAGAAGUAAUUAGUCAAGAAAAACCACCACAAGAGUACUCUGACUCUUCAUCUUCCUCUUCCGAUGAAGAUGAAGAUAUCGAUGCUUUAAUCGAAGACUUACAAUCUAACCACGGUGGUGACGACGAUGAUGAUGAAAGUGAAGAUGAACAUGUCGCCGCUGGUGAAGCUAGAGUUAUUCCAGAAGAAAUGUUACAAACCGACCCAUCUUACGGUUUGUCUUCUGAUGAAGUCGCUAGAAGAAGAAAGAAGUACGGUUUAAACCAAAUGUCUGAAGAAGUUGAAAACUUAUUCAUUAAAUUCUUAAUGUUCUUCAUUGGUCCAAUUCAAUUCGUUAUGGAAGCUGCCGCUAUCUUAGCUGCUGGUUUGUCCGAUUGGGUCGAUUUCGGUGUUAUCUGUGGUUUGUUAAUGUUAAACGCUACCGUUGGUUUCGUUCAAGAAUUCCAAGCUGGUUCUAUUGUCGAUGAAUUAAAGAAGACUUUAGCUAACUCUGCUAUCGUCAUCAGAGAUGGUCAAUUAGUUGAAGUUCCAGCUAAUGAAAUUGUUCCAGGUGACAUUUUACAAUUGGAAGAUGGUACUAUUAUUCCAGCCGAUGGUCGUUUAGUUACCGAAAACUGUUUCGUUCAAAUCGAUCAAUCUGCUAUUACUGGUGAAUCUUUGGCUGUCGACAAACAUUACGGUGACCAAGCUUUCUCUUCUUCCACUGUUAAGAGAGGUGAAGCUUUCAUGAUCGUUACUGCUAUUGGUGACAACACUUUCGUUGGUAGAGCUGCUGCUUUAGUUAACCAAGCUUCUGGUGGCCAAGGUCAUUUCACUGAAGUUUUGAACGGUAUCGGUGUUAUCUUGUUGGUUUUGGUUAUUGUUACUUUGUUGGUUGUCUGGACUGCCGGUUUCUACAGAACUGUUAACAUUGUUACCAUUUUGAGAUACACUUUAGGUAUUACUAUUGUCGGUGUCCCAGUCGGUUUGCCAGCUGUCGUCACCACUACCAUGGCUGUCGGUGCUGCUUACUUGGCUAAGAAGCAAGCUAUUGUCCAAAAAUUGUCUGCUAUUGAAUCUUUGGCUGGUGUCGAAAUCUUGUGUUCUGACAAGACCGGUACUUUGACUAAGAACAAGUUGACUUUACAUGAACCAUACACUGUCGAAGGUGUAUCUGAAGAUGACUUAAUGUUGACUGCUUGUUUGGCUGCUUCUAGAAAGAAGAAGGGUUUGGAUGCUAUUGACAAGGCUUUCUUGAAAUCUUUGAUCCACUACCCAGUUGCUAAGGAUGCUUUGACUAAAUACAAGGUCUUGGAAUUCCACCCAUUUGACCCUGUUUCCAAGAAGGUUACUGCUGUUGUCGAAUCCCCAGAAGGUGAAAGAAUUAUCUGUGUUAAAGGUGCUCCAUUGUUCGUUUUGAAGACUGUCGAAGAAGACCAUCCAAUUCCAGAAGAUGUCCAUGAAAACUACGAAAACAAGGUUGCUGAAUUGGCUUCUAGAGGUUUCCGUGCUUUAGGUGUUGCUAGAAAGAGAGGUGAAGGUCACUGGGAAAUCUUAGGUGUUAUGCCAUGUAUGGAUCCUCCAAGAGAUGAUACUGCUCAAACUGUCAACGAAGCUAGACAUUUAGGUUUGAGAGUUAAGAUGUUAACUGGUGACGCUGUCGGUAUUGCUAAGGAAACUUGUAGACAAUUAGGUUUGGGUACCAACAUUUACAAUGCUGAAAGAUUAGGUUUAGGUGGUGGUGGUGACAUGCCAGGUUCUGAAUUAGCUGAUUUUGUUGAAAAUGCUGAUGGUUUCGCUGAAGUUUUCCCACAACACAAAUAUAAGGUCGUCGAAAUUUUGCAAAACAGAGGUUACUUGGUUGCUAUGACUGGUGAUGGUGUUAACGAUGCUCCAUCUUUGAAGAAGGCUGAUACCGGUAUUGCUGUUGAAGGUGCUACUGAUGCUGCUAGAUCUGCUGCUGAUAUCGUUUUCUUGGCUCCAGGUUUAUCUGCUAUUAUUGAUGCUUUGAAGACUUCCAGACAAAUUUUCCACAGAAUGUAUGCUUACGUUGUUUACCGUAUCGCUUUGUCCUUACAUUUGGAAAUCUUCUUGGGUCUAUGGAUUGCUAUUUUGAACCACUCCUUGGAUAUUGAUUUAAUUGUUUUCAUUGCUAUUUUCGCUGAUGUUGCUACUUUGGCUAUUGCUUACGAUAAUGCUCCAUACUCUCCAAAACCAGUUAAAUGGGAUUUACCAAGAUUAUGGGGUAUGUCUAUCAUCUUAGGUAUUCUUUUGGCUAUCGGUACUUGGAUUCCAUUGACCACCAUGUUCUUACCAAAGGGUGGUAUUAUCCAAAACUUCGGUUCCAUUGAUGGUGUUUUGUUCUUGGAAAUUUCCUUGACUGAAAACUGGUUGAUUUUCAUUACUAGAGCUGCUGGUCCAUUCUGGUCUUCUAUUCCAUCUUGGCAAUUAACUGGUGCAGUCUUCGCUGUCGAUGUCAUUGCUACUAUGUUUACCUUAUUCGGUUGGUGGUCUCAAAACUGGACUGACAUUGUUACUGUCGUCCGUAUCUACAUCUGGUCUGUCGGUAUUUUCUGUGUCUUAGGUGGUGCUUACUACUUGAUGUCUGAAUCUGAAACCUUUGACAGAUUGAUGAACGGUAAGCCAUUGAAGGAAGAAAAGCCAACCAGAUCUGUUGAAGAUUUCUUGGCUGCUAUGCAAAGAGUUUCUACUCAACACGAAAAAGAAAACUAA